AAAAUUCUGUACGAAUUUCUUUUUGUUAAUCUUCAAGUAUUUAUCGAAACUAAAGAAUUCAUUAGUGAUAUAUCUAAAAUUGCAAAUAACUGUUACGAAAAAAAUAAAUCUAUUAUAAAUACUGAUGAGAAAAUUGAUCUCAAAACUAAAUGUGAAACAGAAUAUUUGACACACAACAGUGAUUUUCCGGAGUUUAUACAAUUCAUGUGUCAUAAGAUGAAUUCAUUUUACACUGAAAUGAUUAAAAUUAAUUACGAGGAUCUUGGAUUUAUUCAGUUGAUAAAUCCAACAAAUCAUAAGUUUAAACCACCAAUUGACGAAACUAUUAAUCAAGAACUUGGAAUUAUGACACUCAAUACUUUAUUUAAUGAGGGUAGUUGGAAUUCAUUUAGCCACAUGGAAAUACUAUAUGGCAAUUUAAUUAUAAGUGCCACAACUGUGAUUAGAGACCUGGUGACAAAUUAUAAUUUUCAUCUUAAAAAAUUUUACUUUACACAAAUGUUGAGAUGUAGAUUUCUUGAAGUACUUAUAAUUUACAAUACCUCACUAACUGCUUUAAUGAGAAUAUGUAGAAAUAAAAAUAAUUUAAACGAAUAUGUGAAAUGUGUGUUAUAUCUUUUUGUUGCAAUUAAUGAUACUGUGAAAAUGUUUGAUUUUAUGCUGACAAUUAUUGAAAAACUUAGAUUAUCAAAUUUAUGGUUACCCGAAAGAUUAAGUUCUAACUUACUUGCAAUUUAUAAGUUAAUAUAUAAUUAUGUCAUUGAUCUCAAAACUAAUAAUGUAGUACGAGAUAUGUUUAUAAACAAACCUGAAGUAAAUAUUGAACAUUUAUCUAAUGAUUACACGUUGAGUUUUCAGAAAGCAAGAUAUAAAUUUUCCAAUAUACUAAGUAAAUUAAAAAAGCAAAAUAAAAAUAUGUGUUAUUCAAAUGAUUUUAUGAUUAUUAAGAAAGAUCUAGACACUAAAUUUUGUAAUAAUGCAAUUAUUAUUUCGAAAUAUUUAUAUGACUUUUAUGAAAAUUUCGUUAAAACUGAUUAUGAAGACACAGGUUUUAAUAAAAUACAUCAAAAUUAUUUUUGGAAAUGGGUAUAGUCCAUUUUUUUUCAUUGAAGUGAAUUAUAUAAUUUAAGUACUCCAAAUACGUAUUUAAUAUUUCAUUAGUUAUUUUAAUGUAUGAGUAAGAGUUCUUUUCUAUUAAAAUAAGUUUUAU